UUCAUCAUCAUCUUCCUCAAGCUCACAAAAAUGGCGGGAAGAAAAGCUGUUCAUGUCGGUCUCCUUCCAUGGUCGGCCUUCGGCCAUUUAAUGCCCCAUUUCCAACUCGCCCUAGCCUUAGCCAAAGCCGGCGUCCAUGUCUCCUUCAUCUCCACCCCCAAAAAUCUCAACAGACUCCCCGGAGUUCCUCCAUCUCUGUCGCCAUACAUAACUCUGGUGCCCAUUCCAAUCCCCAAACUCCCCGGCGACCCCUUGCCGGAAGGUGCAGAGGCCACUGUCGACAUUCCGUUCGACAAAAUUCCGUUUCUGAAACUAUCUCUAGAUCUCGCUGAGCCGUCGGUUCGAAAAUUCGUCGCCGAUCAUCCUAAUCCGCCGGAUUGGAUCAUCGUCGAUUUUAAUGCUACUUGGAUCUGCGACAUUUCUCGAGAUUUUGAAAUUCCGAUCGUUUUCUUCAGCGUUUUCACACCUGUAUUUCUUGCUUUCUAUGCCCCUUUUCUAAGCAGUAGUCGGCCUCGCCCGGAGAUCGGAAGCCUGAUGUCGCCGCCGAAGAUCGACGGCUCCACAGUGGCGUACCGGCAGUAUGACGCUGCAAAAGUUCACGAUGAAGCUUUUGAAAAGAACGAUUCCGGUUUGAGCGAUGUCGAAAGGACAGUGAAGAUUAUUUCUGCUAGUCAAGCAAUUGUAGUUCGUAGUUGUUACGAAUUUGAUGUUGAUUAUUUGAAGUAUUACUCUGAUUAUAGCGAAAAUCGAGUGAUACCUCUAGGGCUUCUUCCUCCAGAAAAGCCCCAAAAAUCAGAGUUCGAGGCUAAUUCGCCAUGGAAAUCGACCUUCGAGUGGCUCGAUCAACAAAACCCCAAAUCCGUGGUGUUCGUCGGAUUCGGAAGCGAAUGCAAGCUCACAAAGGAUGAAAUACACAAGAUAGCGCGCGGCUUGGAGCUUUCGGAGGUUCCAUUCAUAUGGUCUCUGAGGAAACCAGACUGGGCCGGGGACUCCGACGCGCUUCCGGACGGAUUCCAGGCUCGGACGGCGGAGAGAGGGAUUGUGAGUAUGGGAUGGGCUCCACAGAUGGAGAUUUUAGGUCAUCCAGCGAUCGGAGGGAGUCUGUUUCACGGCGGGUGGGGAUCCGCCAUUGAAACUCUGCAAUUCGGGCAUCGUUUAGUUCUGCUGCCGUUCAUCGUGGAUCAGCCGUUGAACACGAGGCUUCUGGUGGAGAAGGGUUUAGCAGUUGAAGUUGAGAGAAAGGAAGAGGAUGGAUCUUUCAGCGGAGAAGACAUAGCCAAAGCUUUGAAAGAAGCUAUGGCUUCCGAAGAAGGGGAGAAGAUUAGAAAGCGAGCUACAGAGAUUGCCGCCAUUUUUGGGGACACCAAGCUUAAUCAGCAAUACAUUGAGAAAUUUGUAGAAUUCCUCAAAAAUGUGGAUUCAAAUCAGUAG